AUGGUAAGUGUCUUUUCGAUUCCGGGUGUGUCAGAAGCAGUGCCAGUUCAAUAUUACUUCAACUAUAUCCUUCCAUCGAACUCCUCCAGCCUCUUAAACUCUACUACCAGUGAUGAACGGCAAAAGUCUGACGAGAUACUGUACAACAAAAGGCAAUACUUGAGAUGGAUGAUGAUAUUAUACACCCUCAGAUUCCUUCUCUCUGCAAUCAGGUUAUGUUUUUUGAUUCGCAAAAAUCGCAAAGAAAGAAUGAAACAAGAUGCUGCAGCGGCAAUUCGAGACUUACAAGAGAAGAUGGAAUCUGGACUUACAGAAAAUGGAUCUCUUGGAUCGCACUUAGAGACCAUUGAGAGAGUUGCAUGGGAAGAUGGAGAAAAAGAAUUUUCAUAG